AUGCCCGGCGAAAGCCCACCCCGGCUGCGAGCCGCUUCAGCCUGCGUUGCCUGCAACAAGAAGAAGGCCGACGGUGCCGGCACCAUCGCUAGAUUCGCUGUAUAUACCCGGACGGCGGCCAGCAGUGCUCGAACUGCGCCCGGAACCACUGGACUUGCUCGUACGCAUCGCCUCCCUGCCUCACUCUUCCUCCCCCCCCGUUCGCCCUUGCGCAUCUCCCUCGUCGCGCGUAGUGCUAGUGUACCCCGCGAGCGCAAGCGAAAACGCCGGAAGGUCGCUUCAGACACCAAGGAAGAGCCCGAGACGACGCCUACGGGGACAGAGCACCUCAGCGCAGCCCCUUUACUGCCUCCGUCACGGUCGCAGCAGUGGGAGGCCGGGUAUCCGGGAUGGGAGCCUCGUCGCGCCAUCCUUGCCGAUGGCCAGCCUUCCGGCACAUCGGAGUCCUCAGGGGGUCCCGGCUCCACGGCGCCAAACAAUAACCAUAAUAAUAAUAAUAACAACAUAACCGCCGCCGCCAGCAAUAGUAAUAAUAACAGCCAUAACAACGCCCCGGCGACCCCGUCAGCGACUACGACGACCACGACCACGACAACUGUGCAGGAUGCAGACGGGAACACGCUCUACUCGCAGAAUGCCUCGAGCUCGGUGGCUCUGCGCUCCCAGCAGCACCAGCAGCAGCAGAUGGAGCCUGGCCUGCAUGAGCCGGCCUCAGGGGGCAGCACAACCUUCCUCGGCCGGUCAGAGUAUAUUCGCGGCGAGGUGCCUAUCAACGAAGACCGGGCAAAGGCCUACCCGGCCGUUGCUACGGAGAGUCUGAUGGAGGAAGACAUCCAGAUACUGCAGCUGCAGCAUGCGUUUGACCUCCCGCCUCGCGCCGUCAGGGAUGGUCUGAUCGAUACCUUUAUGAAGAGAUGCGCUCCAUGGAUGCCUAUAGUGGAGAGGAGCUGGCUCAUGGAGCGCCGGGACAGCCAGCCAUCCAUCCUGCUCCUCCAGGCGGUCUUCCUCGCCGCCAGCCGGGUAUCCUCUGCCCCCGCCGUGACCGCCUACGCCUCGUCCAACGAGUUCUACCGUCGAGCAAAGGCCCUGUUCUGGUCCGGGUACGAGAAGAAUACCAUCACCGUCAUCACCGCCGUGUGUAUCCUGCACUGGUACAACCCCGAGGGCCCCGAACAUGUUUCCAUUAAUACCAGCGGAUUCUGGAGCCGCAUCGGAGUUGGCCUGGCAUAUCAGAUCGGGCUACACAAGGAGCCUCCGCCGGGCCGUGAGGCACCCUUGCGGCGGAGACUGUGGUGGACACUAUACGCACGAGACUGCUUGAUAUCCGCCAGCCAUGGCCGGCCGCGGGCAAUCAACACCGAGGACAACGAUGUCCGACCACUCACUCCUGAAGACUUCUAUGGAUGCGGAGCCGACGAUGCUCUGUUCCUCGCCCAUGUCGAGGUGUCUUCGCUUCUCGGCGACGUCACCCAGGCCUGCUGUCGCCGGACGCUGACUCGGCCUAAACGAACCAACAUCGAAAACGCCAUCUACAGAUGGUCAAGGGAACUACCCGAACAGCUCCGUCUCUUCCAGCGAGUCCUGCCUCCAGAAGGAUCAACGGCGUCCAAGCUGGUGCUCAUGCCUUAUCACUUCGAAGCACGACAGCUGCAUGUCACAUACUUUGUCGUGCUCGCCAUUCUCUACCGGGCCUCCUCCCCAGGCACCAUCCCCUCGGCAGCAGCCAUUCUCGCCUCUUCCUUCGUCGCCGGCAUCUUCGAAGACUUCCUUGCGAGAGACGAGAUCCGGUUCCUCGGCCCCAUAUUCACCUUCUAUCUGCUUGCGUCGGGCGUCGGGCUGGCCUCGUGCUACUCCUACCCUCACCUCUGGGAACGAGCCCAGCAGGACCUGCGAAUAAUAUGCAGUUCUCUCAGGGAGCUGUCGAAACGCUGGCCCUCUGCCAUCGGCAGCCUCAAGGCCCUACAGAGCAUGAUCGACGAGACUGCAAAGGCUGCUCGGCCCUCAGAGCGGCCCCAACCCACUCCACUUACCAGCGAUCAACAGGCGACCUUCUGCGGCUUUGGCACCGAUCUAUGCCGGCUCGGAGACGUCAUGCUCGCCCACUACCCGCACGACAUCGUCGACUCGGGCAGACAGGAAGACGACCAGUAUGCCAGGACGGUAUCUGACAUGAUGACCGCAGGGAUACUAGCCGAGCUGAAAACACCGAUGGACUCUGCUUCGGCCCCCGUUGACGAAUACCUGCCUCUCGCGUCGGUGAUAGACCAUAAUACCCAGCUUGCCUUUGGGGUAGAGGAGCCUACCUCCAUCAUCCCCGACGAGGUCCUCUAUGGCCAGUACGAGGGCAUCGGCAACUGGCUGCUCCGGGGCUGGGACUGCACAGCCGAGGCUCCCUGGCAUUAGUCGUGUGCCUUCUCCUAACCACAAGACCUAAACACAGGCAUGAUAUCUCUCCCACCCUCAAUUGAAUUAUACCCCCCCUUUUUUUCUGUUACUCUCCCAAUCAAUCACGUGACUCUUCCCCGGCUUUUCGGCUGUC